GCGGGGGGGAUGGGGGGGAGUGGGCGCCCGGCGGUGAAUUAACGGCGCCCGCGACCUCGUCUCUCUGACGCUGGGCCGCGGGGGGCGCGGCGGAGGAAGGAUGGUGCAGUCGUGUUCCGCCUACCGCUGCCGGAACCGAUACGACAAAGAGAAGCCCAUCUCCUUCCACAAGUUUCCUCUUACAAGACCUGAUCUUUGCAAGAAAUGGGAAGCUGCUGUUAAAAGGAAAAACUUCAAGCCAACCAAGUACAGCAGUAUUUGUUCAGAACACUUCACUCCUGAUUGCUUUAAAAGGGAAUGCAACAACAAGCUUCUAAAAGAAAAUGCUGUGCCCACAAUAUUUUGUUAUACUGAACCCAGUGAAAAGACUGAAGAAUUUGCAGAACAGCCAGAAGAUCCACUACCACCUCCUCCUCCACCACCACCGCCACCACCACCUCCGCCGCCAGCCGCAGCUCCAGCGCUACCGCCGUCUCCGUCAACUCCUCCUUUCCAUUUGUCUCAAAUAGACGCCAGAUUUGUCGACCCCGGUAUUGGAUUAUUGAUGCCUCCUCUCCAGACCCCGAGCAAUCUUGCUGUUUUUUGUGAUCACAACUAUACAGUAGAGGAUACAGUCCACCAGCGGAAAAGGAUUCAGCAGCUGGAGGAACAGGUUGAAAAACUGCGGAAAAAGCUGAAGACGGCACAACAGCGAUGCCGGCGUCAGGAGAGACAAAUUGAAAAACUGAGAGAGAUCGUUCAGUUCCAGAAAGAAAAAGACAUCUUGGCAGGGAAGGGCUAUGUGAUUCUUCCCAAUGACUAUUUUGAAGUUGUAGAGGUACCUGCCUAGAAGCCACGAACGUCGCUUUUCACUUUUCUAGGCCAACAAAUUUUAUUUAAACAACAACAACAACAAAAAACCACCCCAACACCUAAAUGCUCUCUCUAAGUCUGUGUAACACUCUCCAGAACCCUAGAGCAGUAAACAAGCAGUCGUACAAAUGAGAUCACUCUUUUUGUCUGGUUGGUUUUGUUUUGUUCCCUUCAUUUGUCACUUGGGUUAGAUACAGUUCUAAUAUAUUGAGAACAGAGGCGUAUCAGGAAUUAGAAUACGCAUUUAGUUUUAUGAAAUCCAAAUUGCUUUACAGAAGGAAACAAUGCAAAGUUGAGUGCAUGUAAAGUCUGCAUUUGUUUUCUUUCUUUUUUUAAUUUUUUUUUUAAUUAGUUUUGUUGUUUGUUUUGGUGGUGGAGGGACAUGUGUGCGUUUGUUUGUUUCUUUGGUUUUUUUUUGUUUCACAAUGGUUGUCCUAUGCUUACAUGAAAUGGGGAACUGAAUCUGGCCAGCAACGGGAUAUGAUGUCAUUGCACGCUUUAGUGCAAAGCAUUGUCAAAGCAUUUGAUGUUUGGUGAUCUCCUGGAAGUAGUUUUCACUGAUUUCAGAAGGGGCAGAAUUAGCCCAGCUAAGAACACCUUGAAGUGCUACAGAAAGACAAAGAAAAGAUCCACAUUUCAGUCUGGGAAAACUUCCAACCUCGGUUGGCUAUGCCUUCAAAGCACUGCAACAAAAUCUAAUUCCCCUAUCCCUUUGGUGAGGAGUGUAAACAAACCUCUUCAUUGGGAGUAACCUUUCACCAUGUGUGGGAGAUCAGAAUUCAUUAGCAUAGCUGAAAACAGCUGUAGAAGAGGUCUAGGUUGUGAGGGCACUUAAAAGUACUCCUGAAGUGCAGUGCUGAUCAGAGCAUGCAUGUUACUGGACUGCUGGCAGGGUCAAGAAAGCAGGGUACUGUUCAGGGUGACUGCAUUUUGAAAGUACCCUGAUAAUGUACAGCUGGCAAUACGCUUGAGUGGGAACCUCUCAUAAACACUGCAAAGAGCAGAAUGUUGUUCUGACCUGUGAGAUUGUGGAUCCUAACUCACAUCUCAACUGUAUGUAGCUUCAGGAAACAAAGAGGUUUUUUAACUUAUCUAAUCCAGUUAACGGGCAUUUAUGGAAUUAGACUUUGGGAGUUGCUUGGUGCUAGACUGGUUUUUAAUAUCUCAAAUGCUGCUGCGUCUUCUUCAGCCUUAUUAUGAUUCUUCCUUAAUAGCAUGAGAAAGUAGUGCAGCACUUUGCACUUACUGUCUCAAAAGUCAUCUGUUCAAUGAACUCAUUGAAAAUCAGAGAAAACUGCAUCAUGCUGGCCCUAUUGUAGCCUUCACAGCUGAAACUCCUGGAUAUAUUGCACAAGGAAGAUUACUUUUCUCAGUCCAUGUCAAACUUGUUUGUAGUGUGGGUUCUAGCUCUGAUGUUAAUCAAACUCUGUCUGCGAUGGCUGUAAAGGCUUCCUUUAAUCUCCUGUUAGCAUGACAUUAUGAAAUGUUUUUAACCAGUCUUGAUACUUCUGACCUCACUCUUGCUGUGUAUCUACUUUCCCUGUCAUUUCAUGUACUUAAGGUGAACAGAAAAUGCUGAAGCAUCCUCUUGUGUACAUUUAUUAUAACUGAUUAAAAAUAAAAAGCAAAUGGUGUGUUAGAUUUUUUAA